AUGGCGACUGAAGAUAAUGACCCUGGUGAUAUCAUCUACCUGUCUAGCGGCGACGAGGCCGAAGCCAAGGCUGCAGCUGUGAAAACCAAAAAGAGGUCCCUGGAGGAUGCCUCCGACACGAAGAGUAACGAUGGACAAUCUUCAGCGCCCGAACCGAAGCGCUUGAGGAAAGAUGCGUCUGCUGCACAGUCCUCCGAGACUGAUACCUCAUUGGGCGAUGGCUCGAAAUCUACGGGUGGCAUUCCCGAUUUCAAACAUUCGGGACGGAGCUUCAAAAUGCCUGAGUCUCCCAACCAGAAAAGCGGCUCCUGGUUAAAACGAUUCAAGGUCUGGGUUACAGAAUUCUUCGAAGCCAAUUCAGACAUCAACCAUGCCAUCAACGCGCAAGUAGCCGAGUCUGCUUACGGUUGGUACAUCGACCACCAGAGAGAUAUGAAGGCGAGGAAGAAAAAGAAUGCGAAACAAGUUGCUGAAGAAUUUGGUGACCUCGAGGCUUUCCUCCAAAGUCUUCGACCUUCCAAAGCAAGAUCUAAUCAAUCGACACUGGAUAGCUGGUUCACUAAGCAAGCCAACAGGGAGCCGGUUCAUAAAGGAAAACGCUCUUACGCCUCUAGUGUAAGCGAAGGCGAGAUCAAUGAAGCAGAGGAAAAUGAGUCCGAGAGCGAAGCAGAGUACGAACCAACACUAAGUACCGGCGAGAAGACGGGAGGUCCCAAAGAGGCGAAUGGCGAGGCUGCACCUCAAGUCUCCAACCAUCACAACCUGCCGAUAAUUGAGACACACAGAAAUGUCCCCACAGGAGACGAGGCUCUGAAACAGCAACGGAGAUACUUCCCAUCCGCCAAUGAUCCUGCUCAAAUGUGUCUUCUUUGCGGCUUGAACACGCACUUGGCCCCGAGCUGCCCAACACUUGUCUGCUCAUCAUGCGGAAGCCUAGAUCACUCGAUUAUAUGUUGCCCCGAGAAAGAAAGGUGCAGCAAAUGUCGUCAAAUUGGCCAUCGAGAAAGUAGCUGCACUGAGAAACUGGCGUUGACCAAAGAGGAAGGACUUGCUUGUGUGUUCUGCAACUCAAAGGAUCAUCUUGAGGAACAGUGUACAGAAGUAUGGCGAUCAUUCCAUCCAGACGCAUCCACGGUCAAAAAGGUUGCGUUUAUUCCUGCCUCAUGUUCUGCGUGUGGAAGUGAUGGACACUUUUCCUCGGAUUGUAAGACCCAGCGCAAUGAUUUUAUCAACCCUACAUGGUCUGUCAAGAAUCGCGAUCAGUAUAUCGACCCCGAGUGUGGUAUGGCAGCGAUUGAGGAGGCGACGGGGGGACAGCCAGCCGGCAGAUCCGCAAGAGCUCCUGAGCUAAGGAUCCGUGGCCACGCUGCGCGAACCACAAACGUACAUUACUCAGAGAGCGACGACUCAGAGGUAGAAUUCUUGGGCAACAAACGCGUUCAGAAACCAGCCGUCGGACAGAUUCGAAUGGCCAGUAACAUCCAGAUGCCAAACAUGCAGAAUGGAAGAAGGAAUACCAGACAAAAUGGAGUGUCAGCCCAGCCUCCCCUCCCUCCUGGACCCCCUCCUCCUGGACCACCAGGUGUGCGAGGGACAGGUUCGUUUUCGUCACUCCCACGAAAGCCCCCUCCGCGAGACUUCAGAAACGUCCCCCCACCGCCUCCACAAGGCUCACAGGGGCAGGGAAGGUCGUACGGCAAUAACGCGCCUCCAUCUUUUAAGUCAAGAGGGGGCGGGCGUGGCGGCCGCGGUGGACGAGGAGGUCGUGGAAGAGGAAGGGGCAGGGGCAAAUAG